CAGCAUGGCGGCUACACUCCUAGCCCGGGGCGGCGGCGCUGCUGCCCGAGGUCGCCCUGACCUUUGGGUGCUUGCGACAGCUGCACACCGUGUACCAGACAGUGGAGUUACCAGAGACCCACCAGAUGCUGUGCCAGACGUGCCGGGACUUUGCUGAGAAGGAACUGGUUCCUAUUGCUGCUCAGCUCGAUAAGGAGCACCGCUUUCCUGCUGAACAGGUGAAGAAGAUGGGUGCCCUUGGGUUGCUGGCCAUAGAUGUGCCGGAGGAGUAUAAAGGGGCAGGGCUUGAUUACCUGGCCUAUUCCAUUGCUGUGGAGGAGAUCAGCAGGGGCUGUGCAUCCACGGGUGUCGUCAUGAGUGUCAAUAACUCUCUGUAUUUAGGUCCAAUACUGAAAUUUGGUUCUGAAGAGCAGAAGCAUCAGUGGAUUGCUCCCUUCACCAGCGGAGACAAAAUAGGGUGCUUUGCCCUCAGUGAACCAGGAAAUGGCAGCGAUGCCGGAGCUGCUUCCACAGUGGCACGGCUGGACGGCAAUGAAUGGGUCCUGAAUGGCACCAAAGCCUGGAUCACCAAUGCCUGGGAUGCCUCUGCUGUCGUGGUGUUUGCCACCACAGACAAAUCCCAGAAACACAAGGGCAUUAGUGCAUUCCUGGUUCCUAUGCCAACACCUGGACUCUCGCUGGGGAAGAAAGAAGACAAACUAGGAAUCCGAGCCUCUUCCACAGCCAAUCUGAUAUUCGAGGACUGCCGGAUCCCCAAGGCCAAUCUGCUGGGGCAGCAGGGGAUGGGCUUCAAAAUUGCUAUGCAAACCUUGGAUUCGGGCAGGAUUGGGAUUGCCUCGCAGGCUCUUGGAAUAGCUCGAGGAGCUCUGGACUGUGCUGUGGAUUACGCUGAGAAGAGGUUGGCCUUUGGUUCUCCCAUUUCUAAGCUGCAGGCUAUUCAGUUCAAGCUGGCAGACAUGGCACUGGCAUUGGAGGGUGCUCGCCUGCUGACCUGGAGAGCAGCCAUGUUGAAGGACAAUGGGAAACCCUACACAAAGGAAGCUGCAAUGGCCAAGCUAGCUGCAUCAGAGGCUGCAACUGCCAUUUCCCAUCAGGCCAUCCAGAUCCUGGGAGGAAUGGGCUAUGUAACAGAAAUGCCAGCGGAACGCCACUACCGGGAUGCUCGAAUCACAGAAAUCUAUGAGGGGACAAGUGAGAUCCAGAGACUAGUGAUAGCAGGGCAGCUGCUGAAGGAAUAUCGUGGGUGAAGAAGAGCAAGCUCAACUUAAGUGCCUUAUAACCACUGCAGAAGUGCUUCUAGCCUUUGUCCUGGAUGAAAUGAGGUGGAAAUUCCCUCAUAGCCAUACUCACCACCCCUCUUUAAUUGGGUUGGUCAAGCCCCUUUCUCAAAUUGCCUUUGUAAGGGUUUAGGGCCAAACAGUCAAAGGGAGAAAGCAGAAAGGGGGCAGCAGCAUCUGAGUGUGGCCCAAUUUAUUUUAAGCCAGUAUAGUUUCAACUCUGUUCUCUUACAGACACAAUCCAUGGAAUCAGUCUUCAGCCCUACUGGCUGCUGUCUAAGAUUUAGUUCCCUUCACAAGGUGCUUGGUAACUAAUGAAGUUAUAUGAAAUGAUGGGGAUAAGUAAUAGUUAUAUUUUUCUUGUGGAUGUCAAAGGCCUUACGAAGGUAUAAUGCAGAGGCAGGACACUCAAAGUAUUAUUUUAGUACCUGAAUGUGGGCUAUAUUUUCUAAAAUUGUGUUGGUGAAUGGAUGAUCUGUUUGC